AUGGCGAACAAUACGACACCCUUGAGGUACGCAGACGUCGGCAUCAAUCUUGGAGACCCAGUCUUCCGAGGAGUCUACCACGGGAAGAGAGCGCAUGAGGAUGAUUUGGACGACGUUGUUCAACGAGCGCUAAAUAUCGGCUGCACCAAGUUGAUGGUCACGGGCUCCAGCCUGAAAGAGUCUCAGCAUGCCGUUGAGCUCGCGAAACAGUACCCUGGCACUUGUUUUGCCACCAUUGGAGUACAUCCAUGCUCGACGCAGGACUUUGACAAUUACAAGGGCGGGCCAAGUGCACUGAUCCAAGAACUUCGUGCCCUGACUCUCGAAGCAAAAGAGAGUGGCCACGCGGUAGCCUUUGGGGAAAUCGGGCUGGACUAUGACCGAUUGUUCCUAUCCCCCAAAGAUGUGCAACUCAAAUAUUUCGAACUGCAGCUAGAUCUGGCCGAAGAGAUGCAGCUGCCCCUGUUCCUACAUUCACGAGCAUGCAGCGAAGACUUUGAAAGAAUCCUCGGCGCACGCUUAGACAAGCUACCCAAACGGGGACUGGUACACAGCUUUACGGGCACCAUACCGGAAAUGGAGAGCCUGGUCAAGCUUGGGUUUGACAUCGGCAUCAAUGGCUGCAGCAUGAAGACCGCCGAAAACCUGGAGGUGGUCAAAGCAGUGCCCUUGGAUCGUUUGCAAAUCGAGACCGAUGGACCAUGGUGUGAGAUACGGGCGUCGCAUGCUUCCUCGCAAUACCUGAAAGAUGGGCCAGUGAUGCCCAAGGCAGUGAAGAAGGAAAAGUGGCAGAAGGGGAUGAUGGUCAAGGGACGCAACGAGUCGGCGACGAUAGGGCAGGUGGCGCACGUGAUUGCGGGAGUGAAGGGGAUCAGAGUGGAAGAGGUGUGUGAGGCGGCAUGGACGAAUUCGACCGAGAUGUUUGGACUGGGAUGCUAG